GGCACGCAGAGAGGCCACGCAUGAGCGGACGCUAACCCCCACCCCAGCCGCAAAGAGUCUACAUGUCUAGGGCCUAGACAUGUUCAGCUUUGUGGACCUCCGGCUCCUGCUCCUCUUAGCGGCCACCGCCCUCCCGACGCACGGCCAAGAGAAGGGCCAAGAAGAAGACAUCCCACCAGUCACCUGCAUACAGAACGGCCUCAGGUACCAUGACCGGGACGUGUGGAAACCCGAGCCCUGCCGGAUCUGUGUCUGCGACAACGGCAACGUGCUGUGCGAUGAUGUGAUGUGCGAUGACACCAACAACUGUCCUGGCGCCCAAGUGCCCCCUGGCGAGUGCUGCCCCGUCUGCCCCGACGGCGAGGUGUCACCGACGGACCAAGAAAGCACCGGAGUCGAGGGACCCAAAGGAGACACUGGCCCCCGCGGCCCCAGGGGACCCAUUGGCAACCCCGGCCGAGACGGUAUCCCCGGACAGCCUGGACUGCCUGGACCCCCAGGCCCUCCUGGACCCCCUGGACCUCCCGGCCUCGGAGGAAACUUUGCUCCCCAGAUGUCUUACGGCUAUGAUGAGAAAUCCACUGGAGGAAUUUCCGUGCCUGGUCCCAUGGGUCCUUCUGGUCCCCGAGGUCUUCCUGGCCCCCCUGGUGCACCUGGCCCCCAAGGUUUCCAAGGCCCCCCUGGUGAGCCCGGCGAGCCUGGAGCCUCCGGUCCCAUGGGUCCCCGUGGUCCUGCUGGCCCCCCUGGCAAGAAUGGAGAUGAUGGUGAAGCUGGGAAGCCUGGUCGCCCCGGUGAGCGUGGCCCUCCUGGACCUCAGGGUGCUCGGGGAUUGCCCGGAACUGCUGGUCUCCCUGGAAUGAAGGGACACAGAGGGUUCAGCGGUCUGGAUGGUGCCAAAGGAGACUCCGGCCCUGCUGGCCCCAAGGGUGAGCCCGGAAGCCCUGGUGAAAACGGAGCCCCUGGUCAGAUGGGUCCCCGCGGUCUGCCUGGUGAGAGAGGUCGUCCUGGAGCCCCCGGACCUGCUGGUGCUCGUGGAAAUGAUGGUGCUACUGGUGCUGCUGGACCCCCGGGUCCCACUGGCCCCGCCGGACCCCCUGGAUUCCCUGGUGCUGUGGGUGCUAAGGGUGAAGCUGGUCCCCAAGGAGCCCGCGGCUCUGAAGGUCCCCAGGGUGUGCGUGGAGAGCCCGGCCCCCCUGGCCCUGCUGGUGCCGCAGGCCCUGCUGGAAACCCUGGUGCUGACGGACAACCCGGUGCCAAGGGCGCCAAUGGCGCUCCCGGUAUUGCUGGUGCUCCUGGCUUCCCUGGCGCUCGAGGCCCCUCCGGACCCCAGGGCCCCAGCGGCCCCCCUGGUCCCAAGGGUAACAGUGGCGAACCUGGUGCUCCUGGCAACAAAGGCGACACCGGUGCCAAGGGAGAGCCCGGCCCUGCCGGUGUUCAAGGCCCCCCUGGUCCUGCUGGGGAAGAAGGAAAACGAGGCGCCCGCGGUGAACCCGGACCCACUGGCCUUCCCGGACCCCCUGGCGAGCGUGGUGGACCUGGCGGCCGCGGGUUCCCUGGUGCUGAUGGUGCUGCUGGCCCCAAGGGUCCUGCUGGAGAACGUGGCUCCCCCGGCCCUGCUGGCCCCAAAGGGUCUCCUGGUGAAGCUGGUCGCCCUGGAGAGGCGGGUCUGCCCGGUGCCAAGGGUCUGACCGGAAGCCCAGGAAGCCCAGGUCCUGAUGGCAAAACUGGCCCCCCUGGUCCCGCUGGACAAGAUGGUCGGCCCGGCCCCCCUGGCCCCCCUGGUGCCCGUGGUCAGGCUGGUGUGAUGGGAUUCCCUGGACCUAAAGGUGCUGCUGGAGAACCUGGCAAAGCUGGAGAGCGAGGCGUCCCCGGGCCCCCCGGCGCUGUGGGUCCUGCUGGCAAAGACGGAGAGGCUGGAGCUCAGGGCGCCCCCGGGCCUGCUGGCCCUGCUGGUGAGCGAGGAGAACAAGGCCCCGCCGGCUCCCCCGGAUUCCAGGGUCUCCCCGGCCCCGCUGGUCCCCCAGGUGAAGCAGGCAAACCCGGUGAACAGGGUGCCCCUGGAGACCUGGGUGCCCCCGGCCCCUCUGGAGCUAGAGGCGAGCGUGGCUUUCCUGGAGAGCGCGGAGUGCAAGGCCCCCCUGGCCCCGCUGGCCCCCGUGGGUCCAACGGUGCUCCCGGCAACGAUGGUGCUAAGGGCGACGCUGGAGCUCCUGGAGCCCCCGGCAGCCAGGGCGCCCCUGGCCUUCAGGGCAUGCCUGGGGAACGGGGUGCAGCUGGCCUUCCCGGACCCAAGGGUGACAGAGGUGAUGCUGGCCCCAAAGGUGCUGACGGUUCUCCCGGCAAAGACGGUGUCCGUGGUCUGACUGGCCCCAUCGGUCCCCCUGGUCCUGCUGGUGCCCCUGGUGACAAGGGUGAAAGUGGACCCAGUGGUCCUGCUGGUCCCACCGGAGCUCGUGGUGCCCCCGGAGACCGUGGAGAGCCUGGUCCCCCCGGCCCUGCUGGCUUUGCUGGCCCCCCAGGUGCUGAUGGCCAGCCUGGUGCUAAAGGCGAACCCGGAGAUGCUGGUGCUAAAGGCGACGCUGGACCUCCCGGCCCCGCUGGCCCCACUGGAGCCCCCGGCCCCAUUGGUAAUGUUGGUGCUCCCGGACCCAAAGGUGCUCGUGGCAGCGCUGGUCCCCCUGGUGCUACUGGUUUCCCUGGUGCUGCUGGCCGCGUCGGUCCCCCCGGCCCCUCUGGAAACGCCGGCCCCCCUGGCCCCCCUGGCCCUGUUGGCAAGGAAGGAGGCAAAGGCCCCCGUGGUGAGACCGGCCCCGCCGGGCGCCCCGGUGAAGUCGGCCCCCCAGGCCCCCCCGGCCCUGCUGGCGAGAAAGGCUCCCCCGGUGCUGACGGUCCCGCUGGCUCUCCCGGCACCCCCGGGCCUCAGGGCAUUGCUGGACAGCGUGGUGUGGUGGGCCUGCCCGGCCAGCGAGGAGAACGAGGCUUCCCUGGACUUCCCGGCCCCUCUGGUGAACCCGGCAAGCAAGGUCCUUCCGGAUCAAGCGGAGAACGCGGCCCCCCUGGUCCCAUGGGCCCCCCUGGAUUGGCUGGACCUCCUGGCGAGUCUGGACGUGAGGGAUCUCCUGGUGCCGAAGGCUCCCCCGGACGAGAUGGGUCUCCUGGCCCCAAGGGUGACCGUGGUGAGACAGGCCCCGCCGGACCCCCUGGCGCCCCUGGUGCUCCUGGUGCCCCCGGCCCCGUAGGUCCUGCUGGCAAGAGUGGAGAUCGUGGAGAGACGGGUCCUGCUGGUCCUGCCGGCCCCAUCGGUCCUGCUGGUGCCCGUGGCCCCGCUGGACCCCAAGGUCCUCGUGGUGACAAGGGUGAGACUGGCGAGCAGGGUGACAGAGGCAUGAAAGGCCACCGCGGCUUCUCUGGGCUCCAGGGCCCACCUGGUCCUCCCGGCUCUCCUGGUGAACAAGGUCCCUCCGGAGCUUCUGGUCCUGCUGGCCCCCGGGGCCCCCCUGGAUCUGCUGGUGCUGCUGGCAAAGACGGACUCAACGGUCUCCCCGGCCCCAUCGGCCCCCCUGGUCCCCGCGGCCGCACUGGUGAUGCUGGUCCUGUUGGUCCCCCCGGCCCCCCUGGCCCCCCCGGCCCUCCUGGUCCUCCCAGUGGCGGCUUCGACUUCAGCUUCAUGCCUCAGCCACCUCAGGAGAAAGCCCACGACGGCGGCCGCUACUACCGGGCUGACGACGCCAACGUGGUCCGCGACCGUGACCUCGAGGUGGACACCACCCUCAAGAGCCUGAGCCAGCAGAUCGAGAACAUCCGGAGCCCCGAAGGCAGCCGCAAGAACCCCGCCCGCACCUGCCGCGACCUCAAGAUGUGCCACUCGGACUGGAAGAGCGGAGAAUACUGGAUCGACCCCAACCAAGGCUGCAACCUCGACGCCAUCAAGGUCUUCUGCAACAUGGAAACGGGCGAGACCUGCGUGUACCCCACCCAGCCCAGCGUGGCCCAGAAGAACUGGUACAUCAGCAAGAACCCCAAGGACAAGAGACACGUGUGGUUCGGCGAGAGCAUGACCGACGGCUUCCAGUUCGAGUAUGGCGGCGAGGGCUCCGACCCCGCCGACGUGGCUAUCCAGCUGACGUUCCUGCGCCUGAUGUCCACCGAGGCCUCCCAGAACCUCACCUACCACUGCAAGAACAGCGUCGCCUACAUGGACCAGCAGACCGGCAACCUCAAGAAGGCCCUGCUCCUCCAGGGCUCCAACGAGAUCGAGAUCCGGGCCGAGGGCAACAGCCGCUUCACCUACAGCGUCCCCUUCGACGGCUGCACGAGUCACACGGGAGCCUGGGGCAAGACCAUAAUCGAGUACAAAACCACCAAGACCUCCCGCCUGCCCAUCAUCGACGUGGCUCCCUUGGACGUUGGCGCCCCAGACCAGGAAUUCGGCUUCGACAUCAGCCCCGUCUGCUUCCUGUAAACCCUCUGUCCCAAUCUGGCUCCCUCCCACCCGGUUCCCCCACCCCUGGAAACAGACAGACCACCCAAUCGGGAACCCCCAAAAUAUCAAAAAAAAAUGGGAGACAAUUUCACAUGGACUUUGGAAAAUUUUUUUUUCCCUUUGCAUUCAUCUCUCCAACUUAGAUUUUAUCUUUGACCAACUGAACAUGACCAAAAAGCCAAAAAAGUGCAUUCCACCUU